AUGCAUUCUUUUUUUCAAUUCAAUGGAUCUGCUUGUGUUUGGCGAACGAAAGCCAUUCACCAAUGUGGAGGUUGGCAUACAGACACUCUGGUCGAAGAUUUAGAUAUUUCUGUUCGAGCUUAUAUGAAUGGCUGGUAUGCUGCUUAUACACUUGAUGUUAAAUGUUUGAACGAGUUGCCACCUACUUUCACGGCAUACCUCUCUCAACAAUACCGAUGGUUCAGUGGACCUGCACAGGUUUUUCGAAAGUUAUUCACAGCUGUUCGUCGAACGUCUCACAUGAACGUUUAUCGAAAGCUGCAUUGUCUGUGGAUGAUUUGUCGGCCAUGUCUUUACAUUGUUCGUUUCGCUAUAUUUCUUCUGAAUAUAGCUAUCAAUGCUUGUUUACGGAAAACAGUCAAUGUGAACAUUUUUAUCACAUUUUUUCCAUUAAUUUUAGCCUCCAAUAUUUUAUUCUACACAUUUGAACAAAUCCAUUUGGUCAAAGUCUAUUCCCUCUUUUGUAAUGCUAUGCUAUUCCAUCAUGCAAGUUCAGCGAUAGCAGGUUUUUUCAAUUUCAGUUCUGCUAGAAAAUGGAUUGUUACUCCAAAGUUUGGUAAUCCGACGCGUAUGAAUGAUCAAGAACGGAAAAUUGCGGCUUGUCCAACUACCGACACCAUGUGUCCAUAUCUCAAUCGGUGUAAUCAGUAUUGUCCAAGUUUGCAUGUGGCUUCUGAUAGUUUGCAGUCAAUUUGUUUCGCAAUUCAACACCAAAUCAACGGCUUGCAAAUUCAUAGAGGAUACUUAGCUAUGACUUUGUAUAUUCUUGUAUUUUCAUACAUCGCAUUCUUGAAUGAACAGUAUCUUAUAAGUUUAGAUUUGACGCUAAAUGCAUUGAUGUAUACUGUGUUUACUUUGGGCUAUUUGGGUAGAUCUCAAUAA